CAUUUAGUGACGGACCAUCUGGUGUUGCUACUGUCAGCAUGGAGUUUCCAGGAUGUUGCUUUGAAGACUCGGUGUUUUCAGAGAGCAGAGACCGUACAGUGGGUGUAGGGGUACCUUAUAAGGCAAAGCAGUGUGAACCACAGGUCGGUGCAUGCAAACACUGGGACCUGUCUGUUUUACUGUGAUGUCACAUUAAAUGGGUAGAUUCUCUGGAUCACACAAUUAUCAGAUAACUCAUUCAUUUAGUAAUAUGAUUUAAUGAUACAUUCUGCUGUUUAUCCUGUCAAGUCAUUAUUGGAGUUGCCCUACAGCAGCAGAGGUUUUAACUUGUGUUUAUUGCUGGGUUCAAGGAGAACUGUCAUCAUAUAACUAUUAUUUAAUAUACUCUUUUCAGCAAGUAAAGCCAAUAGAUUUUUUUUUUUUAAUAAGGUAUAUGUAAAACAAACAAACAAAAAAAAAACACGAGAAAAACACAUCCCUACCUUUAGUAUAUGACCGGAUCCUGCAGCUAUAUAUAAACACCUUGUGUCAGACAGUGUUUGAAUUUAAUCAUAGGUCUGAUGAUGUCAGUGCAUUGUGCAGGGAUGAUGUCAGCGCAUUUAGGCUGGAAGAAAGAGUUCAUGUAAGGCAAAUAAAAGGUUGUUUUACAGUAAGAGCAAUAAGGAUAUUGAAGUCUCUGCCUGAAGAGGUGGUUUUAUCAGAGUCCAUACAGAUGUUAAAACUGCAAUUGAAUAAAUACUUGCAAAAACAUAACAUACAGGGAUAUAAUUUCUAAUUAGUGGGGUAAUAGCUGCUUGAUCCAAGGAGAUAUCUGACUGCUAUUUUGGGGUCAAGAAGGAAUUUUUCCUAGUUUGUGCAAAAUGGGAAGCGCUUUAGAUCAGGUUUUUUUUUAUUGCCUUCUUUUGGAUCAACAGCAAAAACAUACGUGAGGAAGGCUGAACUUGAUGGACGCAAGUCUCUUUUCAGCUAUGUAACUAUGUAACUAGUGCAUGAAGCAAGGAAGAUCAUGGAGAAUGUCGGUUUUCAAACACAGGUUUUGUAUUUUUUUCUUUUCCAGCAUAAUCUAUUUCCAUUCAAAAUUUUAUGAAAGGAUCAUUAUAUUAAAAGAUACCUACAGUUGAUGUGACAGUUGUCCUUUUAAUGGUAGACUCCAUGUACUAUAACCAUUGCAGCCUGGAUUUGACAACUUAUCUGGGUUUCAGUGGGCACCCUUGAACUGCAGGCCUUAUUAACUAUUUUCUCAUGCAGGAAAAUUCAGUUAGCUGAAAUAAGCUCGACUGCACUCUGGUCUAGCAUGCUAAGCCUUUGUGCAUGGGUCUGCAUGGUCAUACUUAGCUCUAUAGGGCUAACCAGAGUUCAUUGCAGGAGAAGACCAGAAGCAGACCUUGGUGCGUGGUGGGGCCCAGGUAAGUUUUCACUAAAAUAGUUUUUCUAUUUACUGUGAGAUGGUGCCAGGGCACUCCUGGCACCCUAAACAGUAUUUUGUGCAAUUAAGGAUAUGGUGCUUGGAGUCUUCAUUUACAGGGUAUUUUGAGAUGGAUUUGACCAAUUAUUUAUUUUAAAGGGACACUAUAGUCACCAGAACAACUACAGUUUAUUUUAUUUGUUCUGGUGAGUUGAAUCAUUCCCCUCAGUAUAUUUGCAGUAAACACAGUUGUUUUUUUUUCAGAGAAAAUGCAGUGUUUACAUUACAGCUUCCUGGGGCAGUGCUGCACACUGUGCAGCACUGCCAUUAAAUGUAUCCACCCUCUGCAUGGAGACAGUGAACUUUCCUCAUAGAGAUGUGUUGAUUCAAUGCAUCUCUAAGAGGAGAUGCUGAUUGGUCAGGCCAGUGUUUGGCUUGUGCUGGCUUUGCUCCUGAUAGACGGUGUUUCUUUUAGCACUAUAUGGUCAAGAAUGCAUAUUUGAGUUCCUGAACCUAUAGUGGUCCUUUAAGCAUUAUUUAGGUAACUCAUUAAAAAAAAUAAAAAAUAAAAAAUCUAAACAGUCCAUCCAUAAUAAACAGUUAAUUAUGAUUUGAAAGAAAUUCCUAAAGGAGGGUUCAUCAUCUUUCAUCUCAGCCUUAACCAGGAAAUAGCUUUGCCAACCAUAUCUCUGAUCUAUAGGACAUUCAAAGUCACACAAUGAAGCACCAUAACAGAAGUUAUGGUGCUAGCAUGUACUGCAGUUGCUAUCAGGUUAUACUUAUCCCGGUUUAGAGAACUAAGCUAUGUGCAGCUAUCUACAGAGUUAUGGCAGCCACAGGGAUAGUCUCCAUGAAGGAGAGAGAACAGUCAGCCCAAGUUGUGCAUGGAGGCAGCGCAUGCAGGAGUUGAUAAAGUUAUAAACUAGUAAAUAUGUUUCACUAUUAUCUGCUUUAUUUACAGUGGUUUAAUGAAGAUUUGAACAGAGAGGACUGCACUGAGAUUAUUACAGCCCUGAAAUUCAGAGGAGAUUUAGCAUAUAGACAUGAAGACUAUGAGGUAUAUCUCUAAUAAUGCUUUUCAUGUUUAAUUUUGAUUUACUCAACACCAUCCUUAUAUCUAUGGAAAUGGAUUCUUUAAACCUUUUUAUGACCAGGAGUAGUUGUGUGUUUAUAUGAACGAAUGUGAUUCAUGCAGUCCUUUAUUGAAAACAGGAAUUUUUUAGAUCACAGGUAGACAACCUUUGGCACACCAGAUCCUGUUGGCUACACCUCCAAUAAUCCUCUUGCAGCCAUAAUGCUGACAAGGUUGGUGUAGAUCAAAACAUAAAAAAAUUUAAAAUGGUUGGCCUUUUUAAAGGUAAUAUUUACACUUGUUCCAACCUCAUAUAGCGUUAGGAAUACAAUUGGUGGUCGAUUAAAGUGUUAAAAACCCUUUUUCAGCAUGUGUUUUUUCCAGCACCAAGGCUCCCAUGGCGCUAGCUAGGUCUCCUUCUGCAAUGUCACGGUAAUGGUGGGACCUAAUGUGCAUGUGCGGCACUCGCACACACAUUAAAGCUUCCCCCUAGUAAAUUAUUGAAUCAGUGUUCCUGUGGGGAAUUUGAACAUGUUAGACAGAGUAUAUUUCCAUUAGGAACCCCAAAGCACCUCUAGAGGUGAAAUUAACCCUGCAUUGUAAACAUCGCAGUUUCUCAGAACUUGCUGGGUUAAACAGACAGGGGCAAUGCACCCACACCACUUAAAUGAAAGUAAGUGGUCUUGAUGCCUAUUGUAGGCCCUUAAGGACACAUGACAUGUCAUGAUUCCCUUUUAUUCCAGAAGUUUGGUCCUUAAGGGGUUAAACUCUUCAGAACUGGGGCUGUUUUAAAAGUUGAGGGAAAGUGCAAUUUUUAUCUUAGGCAAUUUUUAUUGAAGUUUUAUAAGGGUACAGAAGAGAAUAGGGAUGGGGGAGCAGUGGUAAUAUGAAGUGUCUCAUACACAUUGACUUGAAGACAGUAUACACAUUUAUCAUACACAGCUUAUUUUCAUGCAGACAUUGUGUUACAUUGUGUUGCCCUGGGUGGAUCUGCCGGUUAGUGUCUGCCCCAUGCCAUAAGAGGGGGCUCACUUUAGUCCCUUCCGGGUUUGCAAUCGUCUGGGUUUGUGUUUGGUGCUGGGUGCAGAGCCUUAGUGUUCCAUAUACCACUGGGGAGGGGUGGUAAACUGUGGAAGAUGAUCAGAGUGGGGGACGGGAGGAAGGGGGGGGAAGAGUGGAGGGGGAGGAGGGUAGGGCUCUCCUGGGUAGUCGACUGUGUGUGGUCGCUUCUGCAGGACUAUCUGUCCUACGUGCGUUUUGUUUGAUUUGCGGCAUUAUCAUUGUAUUUGCAGUCUCCAUAAUUAUUUACAGUUUCGUUGUUGAAGGGGCGCAGCUGUCGGUUUGUAGAUCCCUACCACCGUCAUCUCAAUUGGGGGUUAUAUUAUUAUUAUUACGCUCCAUAUACAGUUGCCAGGUUUCCCAGGCUUGUGACCAAACUUUUUUAGAAUGGUUUGAGCGUCUAGCUGGGAAAGUGCAAUUUUUAUAUUUUUUUGUUAUGUCUUCGUUUAACGGUAAUUUACCUCGUACUCCUUUAGUGCACAAACACAAAUGAUACACGGUUUGUUUAUAAAAAGACUUUUAGGGCUUUCAAUACGUAAAUAUAUACCUUCUUAUUUAGCUAGAAAAAAACUUUGAGGGAAAAUAUAUUUUUCACAGUUUUGCCAGUUUUAUAGACCAGUAGUGUAAGUAGAGUGAAUGACCCUGUGAGAGUGUGUGUGAUAGACAGAACCAUUCAUCACUUUAUUUUAGAUAGUUACAUAGGCUGAAAAGAGAGAUGCAUCCAUCAAAUUUAGCUUCCAAUUUUGCAACAAACUAGGAAUAUAUAAAUUUUUGACCCCAGUAUACCAGUCAAAUCUCUCUUUGGAUCAAAAAGCUGUGUGAAAUAAUGAUUUUUCUUCUAUUGGAGUGAUUUAAUACAUUUGUCUUUAAACUACAUUCUCAUGAUGUGAUUGAAGGGGAUACUUGGGGAUACGCGUAAAAAGUAAUUUCUUCACAAAACUCUCAGCUUCUCACUUGCUCACAAUUAUUUUUUGGGAUGUGCUAUGUAAAUGUGAUACUGUUGCAAUCUUUUAGAUUGUAAACUCAUUUGAGCAGGGCUUUUUUUCACAGCUUGUUUCAUUUGACAUCAUUUUGGUUGUCAAUUACCAGAUGCUUUAUAUAGUCAUUGUCAAAUUGCAAAGUGUUGCAGAGUAUUUUGGCACUGUAUAAAUAAUAAUUGUACAAAGUAAUUGUACUUCAGCUAUAAUCAUAAUGAUGCUCUGCCCUCUAGUGACUAAGGAUUGCAUGUGCAUCUGUUUGUGUUUCAUGUGCUUUGUAACCACUGAUAUGUAUUUGCAAACGCCGGAUCAUUAGCCAACAUCUAGCAUUACUCUACCAGGCAGCAUCUACUAUAUUUUGCUGGCACCAUUAAUUCAGUCCCUCUACCAAUGAUAUAUUCUGUAACUGUGGCAUAAAGAUCAUUAAAGGGACACUAUAGUCACCAGAACAACUACAGCUUAUUGAAUUUGUUCUGGUGAGUAGAAUCAUUCCCUUCAGGAUUUUUGCUGUAAACACCGUCUUUUAGGAGAAAAUGCAGUGUUUACAUUACAGCCUAGUGAUAACGUCACUGACCACUCGUCAGAUAGCUGAUAGAGAUCUUUCCUGGGUCAUGGCUGCCUAACAUGCAUCCAAACAUUCAGUGUCUCCACCCUCUGUAUGCAGACACUGAACUUUCCUCAUAUAGAUGCAUUGAUGCAAUUCAUCUCUAUGAGGAGUUGUGUUUGAAUCAUGUUGGAUAUGCCCCUGAUCUUCCUCCUUGUCAGUCUCAGCCAAUCCUAUGGGGAAGCAUUGUGAUUGAAUCAGGCUACCACUUCUGAUGAUGUCAGCAGACAGCUUUUUUUUUCCUGAGGCAAACAGCAUGCAGAUCUACGACUUCAGGCUUGAAUAUAGUAAGAUUUUGCUAUAUUUAUUGAGGCAUGAUGGGGCUAGAUGGUGGUGGUAACACUAUAGGGUCAGGAAUACAUGUUUGUGUUCCUGACCCUAUAGUGAUCCUUUAAUGUUGAUGCUGGAGUGUCCCUUACGUUCAGUGCAUUUGAUAAUUCAUAGAAACUCAUGCUCUUUGAUUUUAAAUGCUUUGCCUGUUAUUAAAUGAUGGUAACAUAAUAUGUGUCAGUCAGGGGAUAUGAACCCCCUGUCAAUAUACAUUCCUCUGCUCCAUUUUAUAUAAAUUUAUAUAACCUAAAUUAAAUCAAGCAAAGAAUGUUGUAUAAUAUAUUUCCAUUUGAUCAGUGAGAAAUAGUUCUUUCCAAAAGUGGCUAGAAGUUUGUUUUUGUUUUCUAUGAUGCCUUUUUAAUGUAUUUGAAUGUCUCAUUAAACUAUUUAUAACAAUUAGAUGUAAUGAUUCCUGUUUAGCAAUGUUAACCACUUGAGAGAGUAUCCUGUUGACAUUUUAUAUUUAUGUUUUUAGAAGGCACUUGUUGCAUAUAACCGUUGUUAUUUGCUGUUACCAAGAACCAAUGCAGCAAUGAGAAGAGAUGUCCAGGAAAGCCAGGCUCGGUGUUUAGUUUGCUUGAGACGAUACACAGAAGCUUUGGAAGUUGCUCAAACUCUGGUAAACUAAUUUUCAAACCAUUUUCUUCACACAUCUUUCUAUGGUGUAAGGCUAGUUUGUUUUAAAAAAAAAACAUUUUCACAUUCGGUUUGCUAAGCAUCAUGGGGCGUGUAGUCCAAAGCAGGUGAAGUGCAUACAGUUGCCAUUCCAGAUUUAAGAAUUCCACCAUUCAUAUCUUUGAACCUCUCGAUUUGCAUAGAUCCUGUUCAGUAUUUGAACUUUAAUUUGAUGAUCCUCCAAAAUUCGGGAUUGUGUAGAUAUUAUAGCCCUUUAUAGGCUUUGUCCCUCAAUUUUUUUGAGAGGCAAAAGUAAUUACACAAAUGAACAUAAUUUUAAGUCUGUCUAACUCUGUGUGUGUUUCUUGGUGAGGUUCUUUGAGGGUUGCACGGAAACCAUCCUCAGGACCUGCUUGUUUCAAUAUUCUCUCGUUGCCAACUUUAAGUUAAGCAAAUAUGGAGGAGUGUGUAUAUAUAACUACAUCCAGUCUUUAAGACUGCGUGAUUGGUAAUCGUUGUUAAAAAUCUUGUGCUGUGUUGUUAUGAACUACAUCUAUGGUUUGGUAGCUCCCACUCCAAAACGUAAUCUGGAUUUUAAACCGUGCCCAAUUACCAUCCUCUGCAGAUAUUUAACUUCGAGGACCCACAACAGAAUUUACAGUAUAAACACAAACUAUUAUGUGCUGUCUUUAGAAAUGGCAUUUAAAAUCUAAUAAAACUAAGUUUUAUUUCUUUUCAAUUUUAGAAGGGAAGUGUAUUUAACACUGAUCAAUUGACUUGUGCCCUGAACCUACAUAUAACCAUUUAUAGCCGUUUGAGAGAUUGGUUUAUGGCCGUGUCCUGUUUGCAGCAGCUGAUUUCAUUGCACCCAUACAAUCCAUGGAUGUGGAAAAAACUGGCUGAGUUCUACCUAAGACUUCUUCUGGAUCCCUCACAAUACUGUUUGUCAGAGGAAGCUCAGAGCAUUAUCCAAAGCACAAGACCUAAACUAGUAAAUGAACAUGACUAUGCUGACGAGGAACAGCCGUGCUUAGAUCGUAUUGGGAGAAACGUGGAUAUACUUAAUGAUAUGGAUAAUACAAGCAGGACUGUUCUCGACUCAAGUAACCCUUCAUUGAUAAAUAUUUGUACAAAAGCAGAGCUGUGGAUUAACUCCUGUGCAUCUUUCAUUCGAGCAAGGUAACCAGCAGUAUUUGCUAUAAUGUAGUUAUUACUUUUAUGAUAUUCUAUUGGCAUUCUUUCAUCUCAUUUUCUCGUAGAGAGUGUAUGAGUCUUAGCUUUGGGAAGUUUGUUGUUUUUGAAUAUUCCCUUCAAAUACUACUUAAUUUACUGCUUUCUUUCUCCACAUAAAAAUUAUAUCAGUUUGUCCCCAUACACGUUAGGAAACUGCAAUCGAAUAUAAUUUUAUAUUAUUAGCUUGUCUAACUUAAAACACAUCUGCCUUUUUUCACCAUGGUAAAAAAUCUUUUUAUAUAUGUUAUGUAUUUGGCUUUGCUUGGGACACACAUCCUCACUAAUAUCAUCGAUAUGUUGGCUUUCCUGGCAUCAUAGCAUCCUAUACUUCCUCUGUAUGAGAACUGCUUCAUGAUGGAUUGGAACUGGGAGCACAUAAAAUGCUUGUAAGAGGGUUUUUGCUCUCUCUGUGACUCCGUUCCUUGCUUAGACCAUUAUGCCACCAGCAUCUUAAACAAUAUUGAUAUGUGUGAGGAGAUAAUUUGUAAACCGUAUGAAAUUAAAAUUUAUAAAUGUGCUAGCAUUUCUGCUGUUUAGAUAUGUUUAGGUUGGAUUCAGUGCUCUUUAAUUUAGACCUACAAAGUGUGCACCAUGACUUUCAUAAACUACACUUGCAGUUUGUAGUCUGUAUUGGCAAUUUCUCCAGUGUAACUUGAUUGAUAGUUAAAUCACAUUUUGAUGUGUAGAUCAAGCUGCUGCAGUGUCACUGAUCAAUUCUCUGCCAUUUUGGAGUCAAAUCAUAUAGCCCUAGCCACACCUCCAAUGGCUCAAACUUGGCCUCCCUACACUAAUCCUGAAAAGGGAGAUCUCCUUUUAAAAGUUCUUUAAAGGGACUCUCCAGUGCCAGGAAAACAAAUCCUGCAGUGCCCCCUCCUACCCCAUGUUGCUGAAGGGGUUAAAGCCCCUUCAGUGAUUUUCCUGAAUCCAGCGCUGAUGUCCCUCGGUGCUGGGUCAGGCUUCGACCAUGCGCCCGCCCACCGGCGGGGGAGACCUAAUGCACAUGCACGCACAUUAGACCUCCCCAUAGGGAAGCAUUAUUCAAUGCUUUCCUAUGGGGAUACCGGCGACGCGAAGAUCCUCAUGCAUAGCGUGAGGAUGUCCAGCGUCAUUUAAAACACUUUUCGUGUUUUAAGAACCCGGAAGUCCCUUUAGUGGCCACUAAAGGAGGACUUAACCCUGUAAGGAAAUUAUUGCAGUUUAUAAAAACGGCAAUAAUUACCUUGCAGGGUUAAGGGUGAUGGGAGUUGGCACCCAGACCACUCCAAUGGGCAGAAGUGGUUUGGGUGCCUUGAGUGUCCCUUUAAUUGUACAGUGUGUUUAAUUUAUAAUGUCUCUGUUAAUAUAUAGAAGAUCAAUUAACCAGAGCAGGAAAUGACUUCUAAAGUAAACACACUGUGCUGUAAGAUCUGACUGAAAAAACAAAACAUUUUUAUGGAGGCUGAGUGAGUCACACCAAAGGGAGUUGAGGCUAUGGCUGAACAAAGUGAUCUAAAGAGACUUAAUAGAGUGGAUUUGGUGUAUUAGUCAUGCCCCUGCAGUUCAUCUGCUACAUUCUUCACCUUUUAGUUGUUAAAUCACUUUGUUUAUGCAGCCCUAGUCACACGACCCCUGCUUGGAAGCUACACAGCCUCCCUACACAUUUCCUGUAAAAAGAGAUCUAAUGUUUAAAUUUACUCUCUUUGAUUUAGAAUAUAUCUCCUCUUCUGUUAUUAUCCUGCAGGAGCCUCCUGUGUGAUUAAAGUUUAAUUAACAAAGCAGGAGAUACAAAGGUAAACAUAUUUUAAAAAUGUCUGCAAUAUUGCCUUACAAUAAAAUAAACAGUAUGUGGUUAGUGCUACAGUGAAGAAAAAAAAUGUCAAAUCUAUGUGUAAGGCAGCUUAUAUUUUGGUGGUAAAUGGAGAAAAUGUACAUUUAAUCAGACUCUUUCCUUUGCUUAGACGUCUCUUUCAGCUUGUACAACCACAGCAAGCAUCAUUUGUACUGGAAAACAAUCUGAAAGCACAAGAUGAAAUUGAAGAACGGCUGAAAGAAUGUGGAAUAGAUGAAGAAACCCAAAUGCUAAUGACUGAGGUAUAGUUUUUUUUUGUUUUGUUUUUUAAUAAUUUAGUCAAUGUAUAUUUUGUGGCUUCCCUGCUGUAAAUAAGUUGCUUGUUCUGUUUUCUUGCAGUCGUGUAUCAGUGAAAGGUUUUGAAUUUUAUAAUGAAUAACUUAAAAAAUAUAUAGUUUUGCUUUAAGAGGGGAUCUCUAUUGUAUUCAAUAGAGCCAGAAUGCAUUCAGUAGUUACAGCUUGUUCAUGAAUAUGAAGCUCUUGCCUGCAGCCAGCAUUUUCAUGUGUGGUGAUAUCAGAGUGGUUCCAGGAUUGGUCUACUCUUGCCAUUUGUAUGUAGGCAUAGCUAUUAUAGCUCUGUGGAAUCCCCUGCAGACUCCUUCAAAGGAAGUAAUUCAGAGAGAGAAUCUGAACUAUGACAGCCGGCGGGAAAUGGGAAACUGAAAUUGGAUUCGGAACACUGAGGAGAGAAGAAAUUGAAAUGGCACAAGGCAAGACAGUAUAGCAGAAUGGUAGGGGAGAGGAAUAUUGCAAGGGCCUUAAAAAGUGUGAGGUUGAGAAAAUUAAGAGAUGAGAAUGUGGGGGAGAAACUCAAUCAGAACAUAUCCAAACCAAUCUUUUUAUUUUCUCUAGAUAAUGGCGGAAGAUAUUUCAAAUGAAGGAACAAAGGAAGAAGUAGAUUCAAAAACCACCAUGCCCUUGUCAUCAUUCACAAUACCAUCUGAUGUAGAGUUCAGAGCCAAAUGGUUUGAGAAGAUGAACAUAAUUUCCCUUCCAUCUUGUACGAAGAUUCAAAGUUGUCCAAGAUAGUUCAAACAUAUAUUUCCCAGAAAAGACUAUAUAAAACAACUUUUUUUUGGUUUGUUUGUAAAUGUAACAUACAAUGAUAUAGGUUUGUUUUAUUGAUUUUUUUUUUUUUGAUUUUUUUAUUCCUCAGGGACCAAUUACAUUGUGUACCAUAGAUAAAUUUGGGGCUGAAACAAUGGAACACUAAAGUUUAUUUUUUUAAAUUGAUUCUACUAUAAACCUGAUAUUCAAAGCAGUACUCGUCCAGCAAUUGAACUGCACUGGAAGGAAAUGUCAAAUCCAAAUUGAGCUGGUUAAUUGUCACAUCUUUUAAUAACAGAGGAUAUGACAAGGUAAAUGUUCAGCUCCCUGGGCCAGAAAGUGAUGACACACUUUUUUUUUUUUUUUUUUAAGUAUCAGUCUUUAGAUAAAGUCCUGGACUGAAUGACAUCUUUCCUGUCUAAGAGCAAACCAUAUUAAUAACCAUCUUCAAAGUUUCAGUAACAGAACUGAGCCAUAGAAUACCACCAAGAUACUAAUCAACAUCUGUACAAAACCAUCAACUG